AUGUUGGCACGGGUCUUAAAUUCAAAUGCAACUACUACUAUAGCCAAACGUAUUCUAACAACAAAUAAUAUUCGUAUGAUUGAUUCUCAUCGAUAUAAAAGUUAUGGUAGUAGUGAAGUACAACAUGGUAGUAGUCAUCAUGGUGAAGUUGAUCAUCAUGGUCAUCAUGGUCAUCAUGAUCCAUAUAAAAUGAUGUAUGAACGUUUAUGGCAAAAUAAAUCAACACUUGAUUGGUUACCAAAACCAGAAGGUAGUUGGCAAGAAAUUAAUGAAAAACAACAAGCAUAUUAUAAUAAAAUACUUAUUACUGGUAUUCUUGCUUUUACAUUAGCAUGUGCUUAUUUUCGAGUAGUUGUAGUAGGUGAUUCUGGUGCAUUAACAAAACCACCAUAUCAUCUUAUUGGAAAUGAAGAUUUUCCUGGUUCAAAAUAUGAAGAUGCUGUUGGAGCAAAACAAGAAUAA